CUUCGCUCGGUCCUUGAACGUGUCGGCGGCCUCCCGCUCAUCAGGUGUGAUUGCCGGCACCUGUCGGUCCAGAGGAGCCGGUACCGAGCGGAGCGGCGAGCAGGAGGGAUGCAGAAAGGGCUGAAGAAGUACUUCGUCAACAUGGACGAGUUCCUGUCCAGUGUGGGACUCUACCGCAAGAUGGUGGCGCGAGACGCGUCCAGCCUGUUCAGGGCCGUGUCCGAGCAGUUGUAUUACUCUCAGAACUACCAUCAGAAGAUCCGUCAGGACUGUGCCGACUUCAUGAGAACGAACAGAUUCAACUUUGAGCCGUUUGUUGAAGGUUCCUUCGAGAAAUAUCUGGAGCGCCUGGAGGACCCGAAGGAGACCGUGGGUCAGGUGGAGAUCAAGGCUCUGUCUCAGCUGUACAGGCGUUGUUUCCUGAUCUAUCGAUACCCGGGGAAACCAGCCACAGUGAUCUCAGAGGACGACUUUGUGGACAAGGUGAUGCUGUGCUGCUCCAUCAAUGGUCACUAUGACAUCGUUUACACCAGGAGUUACCCCGCCUCCGCCGCGCUGUGCCAGGCUGUGCUGUACGAGCUGCUCUACACUCAGGUGUUUGGGGUGGAGGAGGUGGAGCUCUGUCAGGCUAUGGAGGCCUCCCGGGUCGGAGGUCGCUGCUACAGGAACAGCUCAUCAAUGUGUAGUGAUGUUGAUAUCGGCUACGACACACCUGAGGACCGAGGACAAAGGGAGGAAGUGGAGUCGGCUGGAGCUACUGAGGAGAGACACCGAAGUGGGACAGAUGACACAAAGUCUCCUGCAGAUGCUCCUCCGUCCAGACUCUCUCUUCCUUAUAAGGUCAUGAAGUCUCUGGACGGAGACGUGUACAGAAACCUGGAGUUUGACGUGUGGCAGGACACCUGCAAAGAGAUGCAGAAGACGGAUUAUAUGGUGUUCGCUGGUAGGCAGUACUUCCUGGGAGACAAGUGUCAGGUGCGUCUGGAGCCAAAGGGGAAAUACUAUAACGCCUUCAUCCAGGAAGUAGGAACCCACUCGUCAGCCGUCACCGUGUUCAUCGAGGAGCUGGGAGAGAAACACCUGGUUCCUCUGACGGAUCUGAAACCAGUGAAUCCAGUUCCUGCCUGGAAUGUUGCUGCUCCAACUAGAAAAGGAGAUCUGGACUUGGACUCUCGUGGUCAGCGUCAUCAUCGUCACCGUUACUUCAGGAAGUCUCGGGGCAGCAGUGGAAUGAAGGGGGCCGAGCUCAUGAUAGCCCCCGCCCCUUUGUACGGAGGCCCCGCCCCAUCCAGCCUGCCCCCUCGCUUCCAGCCGGCAGGUCACCCCCGCCCACCCCCUCCUCCCUCAACUGGAACCAUGACCUAUGAUCCCUACGCCCCCCCACACCACCACCACCACCACCCUACAGUCAGAGCUCCUCGCUACGGAGCGUCCAGAAGCUCCACCCGUUUCCUCAACCGUCACCUGAUUGGCCCACAGCUGACCUAUUACCACCCUGGAAGACGAUAUUACCACGACUAUGAGAACUACGCCUUCAGGUCCCGUCGUAGCCGUCGUCAGCUGGUUGCUGCUAUCAAUAAAGAUUGUCAGUUUGGUUACCCUGCGGAGACGGGGGAGGAGCCAGGCGAUCUGGACUCGGCCAUCACGUACUACCAGCUGGACGACGCCAGCGACGCCGUCUUCCCGCCGCUGCCGGGCACUGCUCCUCCCCCUCCACCUGGCUCCACCUAUCGAGUUCAGAGAGCCUCUGGACACCACCCCCCUUCACAUCGACCUGCAAACACCCCAGUGUGCUCCUCAGAGGACGAACAGGAGGACACGAGCACCGCUGAGGACCAGGCUGAGUUCUCAGAGGAUUUCAUCUUCAGUGCUCAGGAUCAGAACUACCAGACGUCCGGUGGUUACACAACUGCUGAGGCCUCCAACAAUCAGGAUGGACAGGAAGGAGGAUGUGCUGACUCUCCCCCGAGACCAGACAUGAAUUACAACUACACACAGCAGGUAGUGAAGCCUUUAGCUGUCGUUGGCUCUUCACCCUCCUCUUCCUCAUCCUCACCCUCUUCUCCAUCAUCGCAUGUUCCUGCAGCUGCUCACCUGCCGCCAACUGCACACACACAGACACGCUCAGGUGUCCACCCACACACACACACAGCAGCCUCCAUGUCAAUCCCAGCUUCUUCUCCGUGGUUGGUUAAUGAGCUAGGUGAGCCUCUCUGCACCGUGGUGGCUCCGCCCCCUUACUCCUACGACCCUAAUGGCAGCGAUUUACCCCGAGACUGCAGAAUUCUUCAGUAUUACUUCAACUUGGGCGUCCAGUGGUACUGGCAGCAGCAGACGACGUUCUCCUCCCCCUCUCCUGAGAACCACUACACCUACCAACCCUACCCCCCCUACCUGAGCCAGGAGCCGCUGCACGCUGCCUCCCAUCAGCCCCCCUCCUCCUACCCAGAAUCCUCCAGGGCAGGAGAUGGACAGACGGACGGACACGGCGGUGGCUCCUCCCCAUCGAUGGAAGGCUCCACCUCCUCCAUCGGCCCUACUCCUCCAGGCUCCGCCCCCUCUGCUGCUCAUCUGUACCAGGAGCAAACGCCUCUCCCCCCUCCCCCUAUGCUACACCUGCCAUAUGAAGCCCCGCCCAUCACCACCUACCUGCCCUCUGCUCCUCACCCUGCCCAUCCUCAGCCAACCCACCUCCCCCAUCACUCCUCCUACCACUGCCUCCCACCAUCAGUCCAGUGGGGAACGCUCCAGACUGGAGGCCACAACUCACGGGUUUAUUGCCCCGCCCCUAACCCAGCCCACUUGGUUGCUUACAUUACAGCCCCAUCCCCCCACCACACAGCGACACACUACAUCCCCCCCACCGUGUGAGUGAGAUGCACAUCCUGCUGAAACAUACCUCAAGAGUUAGCAUGAAGCUAACUCGUUCCUGUUGGCAGGAAAAGUUAAAGAGGAUAUGAUAUAUGAAAAAUAAUUAGGACAAAUCUUUAUUCUUUCCGUAUUUUUUUCGUAAAAAACCCUCGAUACUUCCAGUAUUGAGGUAUUUCUGUUCUCACUUUAGCGUGUUAGCUUCACAUUGAAAGUUGUGAAAGAGUUCUGCACAUGUUAGUUUGUUGCCAAAAAAACUUUAUUUACAAAUCUCCGACACAAAUAACUUCCUGCUCCGAACGUUGAAGUCGAGAGCGACAGUUGUUGGUACGAUUACCUGAGAAGAACUGAGUUGUUAGUUUGUCGGUCAGUUAAUUGAGUUUCAGUCGGCCAAUCGGUGAGAGGGGGCGGGGCAUGGUCAGUCCCUGUUUAUUGAUGAGGGAUGUAUUUAUGUUGAUGUUUUGUUCAAACUGCCGAUGGUGAUAAGUUGUU